AUGGUUCAAGUGACUGAAGCUCAGCCGGGUGAUCAUGGAGCUGCGACACUAGUCGCUCCCUAUCAUGAAGUUGACCAAAGCUUUUGGUCCGAGAUCCGAGAGUUGAAACUUCGCGGAAACGGAACACCAGCAUGCCGACAGCCCGCAGAACACAAUCUGAAAGGUAGUAGUUAUCCCCGGCACUGGCCAGCCGUACAAUGUUGGGCUCGAGGAAACACCCAAGGCAGCAGGGGCAGCAGUUCGUCGUCUGUCCUCAGCUCACUUCUGAGUGGGUCAAUGACCCAUCCGAAAGGGCUAGGCGCCGGAACAACGGCAACAGAGACGACAACGACACAUCAUGCACUUGUAUCCUACUUUGCAGUAUUUGCUGCUAUCUCAACCCUUGAAGCUCACUUGGUCUGGGGAGGGAGCUUACUUUUCGAAAGGAGCCAUUUGUUGAGUGAGGCUCAGGUCUGGUUUUCUCCAUACUUGGCCUCUGCUGAUGGCCGAUGCCAUGGAGUGUCCUCAUGGACCGAAAACCUGAAGAACGAAAUCAGUCAAAAGCGGAAGGCUAAAGUCGGGCGGCUUUGGAGUCAACUCCAUGUAAUUUCGGGACCCAUCUUAUACGGGCUGCGGGCGCCGGAGAGGCCCCGGAUUCGCUGGGAUGAGGUGGCGUCCCGCAAUGGAAAAACAGCUAAGCACGUGGAAGCCUGA